CCCCGGGGCCGAGGGCGGGCGGGCGAGGCCAACGGCCCCGGGGCGCCGCCGUCGCCAGGCGGGCGGGCAGCCCCGCCGGGGGAUGACUCAGAGCCGCGGCCCCUGCAGCGAAGCCGCCGCCGCCGCCGCGCCGGGCUCCGCGCAGCGCCGCCCCAUGCCCGCGCCCCCCGCCGGGGGCCGCCCGCCGCCCGCCGCGCCCGCCGCGCCGCGCACCGGAUGAUGCCCCCGCGGGGGGCGGUGGGCUCCUGCCGCCGGCGGCGCCUGGCGCCCCUCAACGAGGACAACGGGCGGUUCCUGCUGCUGGCCGCCCUCAUCGCGGCGUACCUGAGCGCCGGCGCCACCGUCUUCUCGGCCCUCGAGAGCCCGUCGGAGGCGGCGGCGCAGCUCCGCUGGAACCGGACCCUCCACAACUUCAGCCGCAUCUUCAACAUCAGCCUGCCGGAGCUGCGCGCCUUCCUGCGGAGCUACGAGGCGGCCAUGGCCGCGGGCAUCCGCGUCGACGCCCUGCGGCCCCGCUGGGACUUCCCCGGCGCCUUCUACUUCGUGGGCACCGUCGUCUCCACCAUAGGUUUUGGAAUGACCACACCAGCAACCGUGGCUGGCAAAGUGUUCCUCAUCGUUUAUGGCCUUUUUGGGUGUGCCGGGACCAUCCUCUUCUUCAACCUCUUCUUGGAGCGCAUCAUCUCCCUCCUGGCAUUCAUCAUGAAGGCGUGCUACGAGAGACAGCUGCGAAGGAGUGGUCUCCUACCUCCCAACUUCCGAAGGGGGCCAGCUGUGUCUGGGGUGGGCAGCCUCGUGGGCUGGAAGCCAUCCGUGUACCACGUGAUGCUGAUCCUGGGAAUUUUUGCUAUCGCCCUUUCCUGCUGCGCCUCCGCCAUGUACACGGCAGUGGAAGGAUGGAACUACGUUGACUCCUUGUAUUACUGCUUUGUCACCUUCAGCACCAUCGGCUUUGGAGAUUUGGUAAGCAACCAAAACGCUGUGUACCAGCAUCAGGGAUUAUACCGAUUCGGGAACUUCAUGUUUAUAUUAAUGGGAGUAUGUUGCAUAUACUCCCUUUUUAAUGUCAUCUCAAUCGUAAUCAAACAAAUUUUGAACUGGGUGUUGAAAAAAUUCGAAUGCAGAUGUUGCCCAAAGUGCCAUAAAUCCAGUACCCGCCUCAGCCGUCGCAACGCCAUCACCCCCGGAGCCCGCCUGCGCCGCCACAACGUUGCCAGGGACGCUGACGGACAGUACGACAGCGACACCGAGGGCAGGAGGCUCUCUGGGGAGAUGAUCUCCAUGAGGGAGCUCACAGCGUCCAGUAAAGUCUCCCUGGCCAUUUUGCAGAAGCAGCUGUCCGAGACAGCCAACGGCUACCCGAGGAAUGUCUGUAUCAAUACGAGACAGAACGGUUUCUCUGCGGGGGUGGGGGCUCUGGCCAUCAUGAACAACCGCUUGGCAGAAACAAGUGAUUCUAGGUAGAGUUUUUGGAAUUCCAUUUGUUUCUUAAAUAAAAAUAAAAUGGCGGUUAGGGUGGAAUUACGACUGUAAGCUACUGGAAAGUUUUACAUUUCAGAGACAGCCUUGGUAUUCAUUGGGUGUUCAGCAUUUUACUUUCUGGGGGUUUUAUAAGUUUUCUCUAAUAUGCAGUGAGAUCUUUACCAUUAUGUUACAGUUUUCCCCUAGGGGGGUUUUUAAUGAGACGUGGAUGUCUUUGAGGCAGAAUCUGGUGCAAUUACAGGAGGAUGGUGUGCAUGGCUAGGAAGGUGUCAAAACCAACAUGUUCUUCAGAACAGCGCCUGAACCCAAACUCGGUGUUAAAAGGCAUAAAGCGAGCAAGUUGCGCUCCAGAUUCAAACAUGGGGUUGGUAAGUUUUGGCUAACCAGUAUCUCCCAGUUUGCUGAAGUCUGGAUUUGGUCCUGAGCCUUGUACUCAAUGCUCUUCAUGGAUUCCUCGUAGCAGGCCUCUGUGUGACAUACACGUAGGUGACUGUCGUCACACCAGCUUUGGGGUGGCUGUGCUUCACUUCAGUAAUCCCACUGACUUCAGUGGCAGAGGAUGGAAUGGGCUGAACUCCCCUCCUACAAAUGAUGGGGUUUAGCCAGGCGUGUCUGAAAGACCACCCCUGCCACCUAACUCUUAAAAGUCAGGGGAUUAUCAAGGACCAUGUUAAAGUGUGCAGAACUCUUCCUACCUAUGAAUAACAAAACAGGCAAUUGUCACUUCAGAACUGACUUUGUUUAAUGCAGGAGAAGCCGGUAUGCACCUCUGGUGUCAAAUGUUUGCAUCUCCACAAAAAUGCUUACUUCCUUACUUUUUCAUUGAAAUAAGUCACUAAAAUUAAUGUAGGCUCUCUGUUGUCCUAAAUUUGCAUCUUCUGCAGUGUUGUUGCAGAGAGUCAUGCAAAUCAUCUCCUUGCAGUUUUCUGAGGGCCCCAGCCCUGUACUUGUUUCCCACAAAUCUGACUGUGCAGGUUGUACAGAAGAAGAGCAUUGCUUUGGAGUUCCCCCUGAAGCUGGCUUCCCCCAGAAUGUUGAUACCAAGUCAUAAAUUGGCCUUUGGCUGUUGCUGCUACCAUCUUAAGCCAUAUUAAACCUGUGCUAGCCCAAACCACUGAAGAGCCAAAAGCAAGCCUGGUCUAGAGUGUGUAGUUUAGCGUGACAAGUGGGUGCAGAGGAUUUGCUGCAAACCACUUCCAAAAAUGCAUGCGCAGCUCUGGAUCAUUUCUCUAAAUUCUCUCUACUACACUGUGAAGAUAAUAAAAAGGCUUCUGCUGAUUCCAAGCAAGAAAUAAAACUUAAGCUUGUAUUCCGAGAAGCCUUCUCUUGGAAACUUACUGGAAAAUUGUAGGCAAGAUUAUGAGUAGUAGGUUGGUCACUGAAUAAAUUGAACAAGCUGAUGAACAAAAACUAGGAAUAGUAGAAAUGUUUCCAUUAAAUUUUAUAUAGAUAUUCUACUCUAUUUACUUUGUUUUGCAUGGGUUUGGAGUAGCCAUAAUUUUUGCUUUCUUUUAAAUUUGUAGCAGUGAAAAAUGUUUUGGAAUUUCCCCUCGGAAAACCAACUUUAAAUUUGAGGUUUUGCACACCUGAGCCUGUCAGCUGAAUUAUGGCAGUGAAUGUAUCAUUUUUUCUGAUGAAAAGAAAUCAGAGCUGCAGAUAAGCCAUCACACAUGGGUCUCUAUCACACUGCAAAUGUCACAGUUUUUAUCACGAUGUGUUUGGCCAGAAACAAGCAGUGAUGAUUGUAAUGUGUUUCCAGCUGGCACAGACUCAUACUUAAGAUUCUGUGUUAUGGUAGGGGCUGCACUCAAGAGGCAGGAGCUUUCUUGGUGGUAGAGAGACUCCUCAAAGUCCGUCUGUCUGAGUGCCUUCCUGUCUGUGCACUCCUCCUCUUUAAGGAGGCAGGAAGAGAUGUUUGAUGCUCCUUUUGAAGGCCACUGAAGGAUAAAUUUAGGCAGGCUGUACAGGGACAGGUCACAGUCUGGAAAAAGCUCUGACUGCUGGAAGACCCAGUUCAGGCAGAUGCCUUCCAGAGAUGCAAGGGAGACAGCACAGGCAGGGAACCAAAAGAAUGAAAAUUUGUUCUUUCCCCUUGGGAUUACCCCCACGGGGAAAUCUCUUAUUUUGUUGUUUUAUGUGUUUGUUUAUUAAAAGUUUGAAUGGGACCCUGCUCUUUUUUUGCAGCCCAGCCUCUCUUAGGGUUGUAUCUCGGUGCAUUUGUCAUCAUGGGGACUAUUAACCAUUAGAACUAUUACAUAAAUCUGGGCAGACAGGCUCUGUCCCAAAGGACUUUGGAAUUUGAACUGAUAGGGCCCCAAGCCACAGCAGAAUUACCUCUUGAUUAUUUUGCUCACAAAAACAUGCUCAAAUGUAUCAACAUUCUGUGAGCUCAAGAACUCUUAUUUUUAUGGUACCAAAUUUGCAAAUUAAGGGUUUGUGGUUUUUUUCAGUGAGUUGUUUUAAAGGAUAAAUACUAUAACCGUGAUUAGGAUCCUUUUUAAACUGCAAAUUUGUGAAUUGUUUUCAAACUACUUAUUCUAGCCUGGCAAAUAGAGUGAAGUAAUAUGAAAUUGUACAUACCUCCUCUGUACUUUUUCUGAGUCUAGGCAAAGGCGGACACACAGUCUGCUGUAACAUGAUUGAAAUGUUUCCAAGUCUUUCUGGUGCCAUCAGUCACAAGGUUGCUUUUGCAGGACCCUUUGCAGUUCCUAUUAACUCCAGAGGAAGAUGGACCAGCUCCUAGAGCUGGGUGUCUCAAGGAAUUUGGGCAUCAGAUUGCUGCUCUGUUCGCUUAGAUCUAAUGUUUACUUACACCCAAGGUCCUUGAUAAUCUCCAUUCUGCUUCCCUCUAGCCUCAGAGGAAGUGCAUGCCCAGUUAUUCACCAGUGGCCCUGUUACUUGCAGGUCUCAUAUCCCCAGAUGCUGACAUAAGUCGACUGCUGGGACUGCCAGGUUGUAUCUAAGUCCUGUAAAAAUCCCCAAACCCAUCUGGCUCAGCAAAGAUCAGUUCAUGAGGGUCAGAGCACAGUUACUGACCCGGGUCUCAAUGGGAAGCAUCUGCUGAAGGGUGGCCUUAAGUUCUCUCAUAUUCAGUAGCAGAAGUAUUUUUCAAGGAUGCAUGGAAACCAAGCUCCAAAUCUCUACUCUUCAGCCUGCCAGCCCUACCUGGGCACGCAUCACUCCUGUGCAUGGAAACACGAGCCAAGAGGACAAAGGAGUUUUGAGAUCAGUCUUUCCUAGUCCCUUGUGCUCUUCCUUCAGCUGCUUUUUUUUUUUUUUUUUUUUUUUUUUGAUGACAACUCCUUUUUGAAAUUGCCAGGCUUGGGCGCCUGACUCCUCUUUCAUUGUUUGUGGAUUCCCCAGGGCAGCCUGCUCCAUUGGUGAAUUAACCCCUCAGCGUGCACCAGUUGCACCAAGUGCAAUUCCUCCUGGUAUUUCAUUUUCACAGAGAAAGCAGAUACCAGCAAUACCUGGACACAGAAUGAAGCACAAGAAAUUAGAAGGAAAUGAGAGGAACAGAGUGGGAAAGUGAAAGCACACUGCACUAGAUUGCACUUUCUUUUCAGGUAACUUGGGAGCUAUAUUACAUUCUUGAAAUGGGUUGGGUUUUUGUGUGUUUUUUUUUUUUUUUUUAAAUUUAAUUAUGGGUAGCCUUGAAAGAAUACAGUUGACUUAGAUUUUAAAAGUUCAUCUUCCCUGAUACAACCCCUUCUGCACUACCCUGUAGAAGAGCAGCAGUAACUCUUCACUGACACAGACCAAGACAGCCCAGCUGCCUGCUGAGCCUACAGGCAGCACAGACCUGAGCUCAGACCCUCUCCCCCAGAUUGGUGCUGCCUGAGCCCAGGGAAGAGCAUUCAGGAGCAGCAGAAGGCUGCAGGAAUUAGGACUUCUCUGUGAGCUGGCCCCUAGUGAGGGCAGCGAUGGCACGGGUGUGAGCCACUUGGACAAAGGAGAUACCACGUUUGCCUGGCACCUGCACUGAUACCUUGCAGAUGAAAAUUAAAACUUAGGUGAAAAUUGAUGGGCAACAGUGACCAAGUUCAAGUGACAUCUUCUCUUAUCCCCGGAGCAGUCACAAGGAAUAAUUUCUUGUGAAACUUGUAGCAUUUGGCAAGUCACUACAUUGACCUCUCGGGGUCUGUCUUCCCUCUGUGUGUCUUGGACAAAGUU